AUGGCCCCCACUCCUGGCUCCACGCUUCCACCCCGGGAAGCAGCAGGGGCCUGGCCCUCCAAGCCACACUCAGGGUGCUCAGGGUGCUCAGGGCCCCGCCCCGGGGAGUGGGCAGCUGGGGGAUGGGGCAGCUGCCGGCUGUACACACCUGUGGUUCCCAGGAACCUUCCCAGGAGCAGCUGCCCAGGCCUGCCCAGGAACCAGGUGCUUCUCAGCCCAGGGACUCACGAUAAGGAAGGGAUGGCGAGGCAGGCUGCGAUUGGUGGGCUGGGGAAUAUAAUGGGGGUCCUUCAGGCAGACCCCAUUCCACCUCCUCAGUCACACGCCAUGGCUUUUCUCUGGGCUGUCCUUGGCUUUCUCCUCUUUGGCGGCAGCUCCGGCUGUGGGGUCCCUGCCAUCCACCCUGAGCUGAGUGGCCUGUCCCGGAUCGUCAAUGGGGAGGACGCUGUGCCCAGCUCCUGGCCCUGGCAGGUGUCCCUGCAGACCGGCUCGGGCUUACACUUCUGCGGGGGCUCCCUCAUCAGCCAGGACUGGGUGCUCACCGCUGCCCACUGCAGGGUCAGGAAGAGCCACCGUGUGGUGGCUGGCGUGUCUGAUCACGGCUCCGAUGGCGAGGCUGUCCAGGUGUUGAGGAUCGCAAAGGUUUUUGAACACCCGCUGUGGGACCGGAUUAUGGACACCAAUGACAUCGCCCUGCUGAAGCUGGCCACGCCCGUCCUGCUCUCCAGCGCCGUGUCCCCCGUGUGCCUGCCUGGCGCCAACGCCAGCUUCCCCCCGGGCUCCAUCUGCGCCACCACGGGCUGGGGCAAGACCCAGUACAACUCCUACAAGAUCCCCGACAAGCUGCAGCAGGCGGCCCUGCCCCUCCUGUCCAACGCCGACUGCACGAAGUUCUGGGGCAGCAAGAUCACCAACGUGAUGGUUUGCGCGGGCGCUAGCGGCGUGUCCUCCUGCUCGGGCGACUCUGGGGGCCCCCUGGUCUGUCAGAACGACGGAGUCUGGACCCUGGUGGGCGUCGUGUCCUGGGGCAGCAGCUGGUGCAACCCAUUCUCACCAGGGGUGUACACCCGCGUCACCAAGUUCAUUCCCUGGGUUCGUGAGGUUCUGGAGGCCAACUGA